CGCAGCGCGCGCGCGCGCGGCUGGUUUCCUAUUUUCCACUUGGACACAGCGCUCGCUGCCCGCCCAGGCGGGGACAUCGCCGUCAACAGGGCAGGGCGGGGCGGCCGGAGGAGACCAGCUGCGACGUGGGACGACGUGGGACGGACGCUCCCGGGGACCUCAGCCAGCCAUGGAGACCCGGCGGGGGCUGCCCGGCCUGGUGCUGCUCCUGUGUCUGCUGCCGCGCGCCCCAGCUCAGGGAGAUUUUGACCUGGCGGACGCCCUGGAUGACCCAGAACCUACCCCGAAGCCAGGCUCAGAUAUCUACCCCAAGCCCAGGCCCCCUUUCGGCCCCCAGCCUGCAAACCCGGACAGCGGAGGCAAUAUCUACCCAAGGCCAAAACCCCAGCCUCGCCCACAGCCUGGGAGCUCCGAUAACAGCGGAGGAGGGUACCAUCACAACGACGAUGAUGGACGCUACCCGCCCAGGCCCAGGCCGCCCGCAGGAGGAGAUGGCGGCGGUGGAUACAGCGGUGGACAUGGUGGCUACGGACACACAGACGGCAGAGGGGGUUACAGACCCAAACCUCGUUAUGGAAAUUCCUAUGGUGGAGACGGACAGUCCACCUACGGCAACCCACAAGGCAACACGGUGGCCAGAAUCGUGUCCCCGAUCGUGUCUGUGGUGGUGGUGGCCUUGGUGGGGGCCGGGGUCAGCUACUUCAAGUCCAACCAGAGGAGGAAUUGCUUUCGGGCCAGUGAUCCAGAGACCGUGUGAAGCUGCCCAGGUCUUCCCGAGGUCCCCACAAGGACCCCACGACGCCGGGGACCGUCCCACGGAAAAGCUCCUUUUCUAUUUCAGUGCAUUC